AUGCUUACGACGUUUCUGAAAGCUGUCAUAGCCGUGGCGGUCAUAGCAAGCCCCGUCCUUGCAAAGACCUCUGGCGGACUCAACAUCUACUGGGGCCAGUUUGGCGACCAGACCGAUCGGUUAGCCAGCUACUGCGAUGUGACUGGCGUCACCUCCGUCACGCUGUCUUUUGUCAACAAGUCACCAAGAUAUGGCAACGGAUAUCCUGGGAUCAACUUUGCUGGCCAUUGUGGUGCCCAUUGCGGUGAUGAGGAGUUCUACGUUAACCCGGCCAACGGUGGCAACACGGCACUCAUCAUGAACUGCGACACGAUCAAGCAGGACAUCCGAUACUGCCAAAGCAAGGGCAAGAGAAUCAUACUGUCGGUCGGCGGACACUGCAAAAGCGCGCCGUGUGGUUAUGAUGUGCUAGAAGAAGACGAGGCCGAGGCCUUCGCCAAGCAGCUUCACUCCAUCUUUGGUCCUUAUGAUCCCGGUUUCGACGGUCCUCGACCCUUCGACAUUGACGAGAAUGGUCGGGUUGCUGUGGAUGGGUUCGACUUUGAUAUUGAAUUCAAGUAUGACAACCAAGCACCCUACAUCAGGAUGGUGGAUGUUCUCCGGACUCUCAAUCCUAGCUACUACAUAUCCGUGGCUCCCCAAUGUCCUACCGGUGACGGAUACUUUCAGCUGAAAGAACUCGUUUACGGCGCUCGCUUCGACGCGUUCUUCGUUCAGUUCUACAAUAACCCCGGCUGCCAGGCCUCCGAUAAUAUCACUUCUCUCUACGAAACAUGGUCGACCGUUCUAUCGGAGACCAGGUACAACGGCGAAGCCGAGUUGUUUGUAGGCGUACUGUCAGAUCCCCUGGCAGGCGGUAGCGGCUAUGUCGAUUAUGCUGCGUUGAGAUACAUGGUCUGCCAGCUCAGAGACAAGCGUCGGUUUGGAGGUCUAUCCGUAUGGGACGCAACCAGGGGCAGUUCAAACAGUGAUAUCGACGGUAACAACUUCAACGACUACGCGGCGCGUGCGUUAGAGUUUGACUGCGACUCGGUGGCCGCCCCAACACCAACCUUCACGAGUCGCCUCACAUCCGCGGCAGCGGUUACCUCUUCCGUCGAGCUAGUGACUAGCACCAUGUUCGCUACGAUCCCCCACACCACGACAUCUUGCGGACCCGAGCACUGCGAAACCCAAGUCUUUGCAGAAACAAUGCCCCUGUACACGGCCGUCUGUCCCGGCAAGAACGGCAUCUUCUUCCAUCUCCCAAGCCGUGCAUCUGAUGCUCUCGGUGCGGGCGAGGCCGCCCAAGCGACCCCUGCGAUCACGCCCGUGAUUUCCGACCUUGCUGUCGAUAAACAGAACGCACCGCCUAUUCAGACAAGCACAUCAGAUGCUGGAGCUAAACGAGUGGAUAUCAUCAGCGUCAUGACAGUGUCGAUGAUGGUCGCUGGGCUCCUGCUGUAG